AUGCUUGCCUAUCGUGCUUCAUAUCAUGGCACCACUGAAUACAGUGCAGCAUUUCUGACGCUCGGACGUGAGUUACGUCUACCCGUGGAGUUAGCGGCGCCAUCGUUGCCAAACCCUGUUGACAACACGCUUGCCUAUACCCGAGAUCUUAAAGAACGCCUACAGCAAGCCUUUAAACACUUUCGGGACCACGCCGGCCGAAUGGAGGCGCAACAGAAACGCGGUCACGAUCGUGAAAUUCAAGGGAAUGCAUAUAAAGUGGGUGACCAUGUACGGCUACAUCGACCAAGGCCGCCGCAGGGCACUUCAACCAAGUUCCAUCCUCCGUGGCUAGGUCCCUACGAAGUCGUUUUUCAGCGUUCUCCGACUGUCUACACCAUCCGCAAAAUCGGCUCUCGAAANAGAAGCCGAAAUGUAACCUGUACCGCCGGGGGCGUUUCCAGUUGUGGAACAAACAGUCGAAGUCGGGCCCGACGGUGGUGA